UUAGGUAGAUCUAAGAGAUGCUAGAGAUGUAUUACCUUGGCUCCAAAUUCCUGCUCUCUCUCCUGGGUUUCACUGUGAAUUGCAGCCUUUUCUUAGAAGCAACAGUUUCUCCCUCUUCAGGGCCCCGAGUCAAAUCCAGCUAUACUUUUGGUCGGACCUUUUUGGGACUUGAUAAGUGCAAUGCCUGCAUUGGAACAUCAAUUUGCAAGAAAUUCUUUAAAGAAGAAAUAAGGUUUGAUAGUUGGCUCUCCUCACAUUUAACCCUCCCCCCAAGCUCUCUCUCCAGUUACCCUGGGAACUAUUCAGAUGACAGCAAAAGUUGGCGACUGGUUGAGAUCUCCCGAUUAACCACAAAAUACCAACAUGAUGAGUCUGAUGAGAGAAUUUGCACUUCUCUUACCCAGUCUAAAAGAUGUAGCAUUGAGAGAGCUCUAUGGAAGACAGAGAGAUUCCAGAAAUGGCUGAAAGCAAAUCGCCUGACCCCUCUCUUGGUCCAGGGACUUCGUACACCAAUGCUUCGCUGUCCAUCACAAAGAUUGUUGGAUCGAAUAGUGCGGCGAUAUGCUGAAGUUCCAGAUGCUGGUAGUGUCUACAUGGACCAUUUUACAGACCGGGAUAAACUACGUCUCCUCUACAUGUUGUCUAUUAACACUCAUCCCAUUAUUUUACAGAUUUUCCCUGGAGCAGAAGGAUGGCCCUUUCCAAAGUAUUUGGGAUCUUGUGGUCGACUAAUAGUAACGACCAGUACAAGACCUAUGAAGGAAUUUUAUGGCUCAUCAUCUGAUGUGACAGCGGAUUUAGCUCUUCAGCUCCUCACUAUUAUUGAUUUCAUGAUGAAUAAUGACCUGAACUAUUUCUUCUACUUUACUCAUGUUGAUGCUGACACAUUUGGUGUUUUCACCAAUGGACAACUCUUUAUCCAGGAUGCCAGCAUGCUAGGAGUCAUUGACAAACAAGAAGGCAGAGACUUGAUGAAUAGACAACAAGAAUACAAGGAUAUAUUUAGCUGCUUAGCUGUGGAUUGUGAGCCUGUGUUCCCUUCCUGUAGUUCCAUCAAGGAAAGCCAGAACCUCGUCAUGAUAUGUGGGAAACUUUUGCCCAAUCUCUUAAAACAAAAAUUCCCAUCACCUCUGCAGGAGAAGAUUAACAGCGCUUUAAGUAUCUGUGCAGACAGCUUUCUUUCUGACCAAGAGAUUAUCACAGCAUCUCAACUGCUAGUAGCCAUUUUGAAACCUCUGCAGAUCUGCGAUUCCCGCUUUGUUUACCGAUAUCCUGAUUGCAAAUAUAGCACAAAACUCUAAAUGAAUAUUUUCUUGGAAUCUUUGGGCUAUAAACUACAUGCUUUGGCUGUGGAACCAUCAAAUUUUUCAGAACAUUAGCACUAGGAUUUGUGUUGGACAUUCACUGUCUUCCAGAUUAAAACUCCAUGGCUAUUUGGUUGACUUUUUGAGGACUCAUAAAGAAUUGUAACAUCCAUGUGAUUACAUAUAUCAAACCUACAUAUUAUUGUUCUUAUUCUCUCAUUUCAUAUUUAUUUCUGUUAUUGAAUUAUUUCAAGAAGAUGUAUUUCUCACAAGGUAGAGAGCCAAUGUAUUUUUUUAAAUUGAUUCUUUCUUAAGUUGCUUCCUAUCCAUUCUAUUCAAUGAUUCAAAACCCAAUUCCAAAUGAUUUUAUAUGAGAUUAUUUAUUCUAUUCAGGAUAGCAAUCUUCCCAUUCUACUUAUAAAAGUGGGGGAGAGGGGAAGCCAAACAAAACCCUAUAUUAGAAUAAACCUACACUUGAUGUACAGCACUGCCAUAUUUUCUACAUUAGUCCUCAACAUUAGUCCAUUCAUUUAGUACCUGUUCAAAGUUAUAACUGCACUGAUAAGAAUAACAAUCCACUUCAUACUUAUUGCAGCAUUCUCAGGACCACAUGAUCCCAAUAUGGGUGCUUGGCAACUGGCUCACA